AUGGUGUCGCUGGUAGAUAUCUGGGGGAUCCUCAUUCCUCCGCAUUAAACCAGUCGCGCCCACGGCAGCUAGUUGCUCUGCAUGCAGAAACUGAAGUAAGACAGCCGUAAAUAGUGCCCGAAAGAAGUGGGCUUAGUCCCCGCUCUGUCUCCGGCUCGUCCUAUCCCAAGCUACGCAUUGUGAUGCCGCGGUCUAGUAGACGGUGAUGGAGGCUUGCAUUGCCUAUACACAGGAAGGGUAUGAGAACGUAUUGGUCGCUGGAACUGGUGACAUAUGUCGUGGACUAAGACAUGUCAUCCAUGCCUCGUGCAGGUUUUCAGCUGCUCCCAAUACGAUAUCCGUUUCCAUCCUCCCAAUUGGUGCGUACAAAUAAGUUUAAAUGUAAGUCAUCCAUAUAUUGCUUAUAGACUGGCUUAUUUCUUCCCUCACAUUUUAAAUCUGAUAGUUCGAUGACCCUCGCUACUAAUGAUUUGACAUGUUGAGCUUCAGCUUCGCCAGUGGCCUAGUCGCCCUCUUGCUUUUACCACCCCUCGCUAUAAUUCUGAAGGGAUUGUACAACAUAUUCCUCCAUCCCUUGGCCAAUAAGGUCCCGGGCCCUUUCUGGGCCCGAUUUAGCGGGCUUCCCUCCUGGUACUAUGCGUACCGCGGAGACCGUCACCUUUGGCUUCAUAGGCAAUUCAAGGCUUAUGGUUAUAGGGUCCGUAUUGAGCCGAAUACAGUAUUGUUCUGCCAUCCACAAGCCUAUGAUGCCAUAUACAGCAUGAAAGCAAAUGUGCGGAGGGGUCGUUUUUAUGAAGCCUUGAAAAGAGAUGUGAACGACACCAGUACUUUAACAUGCAUAGAUGUCGCCGCCCAUGCAAAGAAACGCCGGUGUCUAAAUCUAUGUUUUACUGAGAGGUCUAUCCUCGCGGCUUGUCGCUUUGUUAUUGCCCAUGUGGACCGGUGGAUUGAUAUAAUCACGUCUGAAGAUAUCCAAGAUGCCGACGAGUGGUCGCAGCCUUUGAAUUUUUCUGACAAAGUUGACGCUCUUAUCUUCGAUAUUACGUCUGAUCUGAGCUUUGGAAAGUCCUUCAACAUCAAGGAACCAGAAGACAACCCUUUCAAGGAUAUUCCACACAACAUAGCAGAAUGGCUGAAAUUUCAUUAUCUGAUAUCCCGUGUGCCAUUUCUUGACCUUCUUCUCUGGCUCAAACCUCGCGGCCUUGACCGUUUGUUUGGUUUUAUUGCCCCGCCUUCAGCCAAGCAUUAUGAUCAGUUCGUCCAAGAUAGUGUUACGAGCAGAAUUGCCGUAUACAGAGAACAAGACAAAGAACCUGAAGAGGAGGGGCGUCAAGACCUUUUUCAUUUCUUGGCUGAGGCUCGAGAUCCCAAAACUGGAACUGUUGCCUACGACGAAAAUGAGCUUCGAGCCGAGUCUAAUCUACUCCUCAUUGCUGGAUCAGACACAAGCUCUAUCAGCCUCUCAGGCAUCUUCUUUUACCUCACAGGCAACCAGCUGAAACUCAACAAGCUCAUGGAAGAAAUACGAACGACUUUCCAAUCUCUGGAUGACAUUGUAUACGGCCAGAGACUUCGAUCUUGCACCUACUUGAGGGCUUGCAUCGAUGAAGGCAUGCGGCUUACACCUCCCGGGCCAUCUGAAUUGCCACGUGAAGUACUCUCAGGCGGUAUCGAAAUCAAAGGGGAGUUUUACCCGGCGGGAACAAUUGUCGGAACAACAAAUUGGGCUAAUUCUCGCAACCCUGAAGUGUACGAAGAUCCCGAUGUGUUUCGGCCAGAACGAUGGAUUGUAGACGAAGCAACUGGUGUGACCAAGGAAAGUGUUGCUCGAGCCAAGGCCGCCUUCCACCCGUUCUCGAGCGGGCCGGCCAGUUGUAUUGGGCAGAAUCUAGCUAUGGCGGAAAUUCAAAUCACAAUAGCCCGGACUUUAUACCAACUAGAUGUGCGAAGAGCGCCAGGGUCUACAUUAGGCGGGGGUAGUCCUGAACUGGGCUGGGGUAGAACUGAUCCUAAUCAGUACCAAUUAGUCGAUGCUUAUAUUUCUCUACGGGAAGGGCCCGAAGUGCAGUUCAGAAGGAGAGGGUUCGGUGCCUGAUGAGAUAAGUCUCACUUCUUGUUCUUUCGCCCUCAGGCGAAGGGGAAAAAAAAAGUGCUCUCGUGGAAAGGCACGGAUUCCUUGAAGGUUCUUCUUUCAACUAAGUUGUCAGAGGUUGGUGUUCCGGGAGUGAAGCUGGGUCGUAAGUAGGUAGCACCUAGGUAGUAGAUAGGUCGAAGGUAUGGGUAAGGGCUCAAUGUUCUUGACUCCUGGGGCCCGUUGUCUCCUUAUCUAUUUGACUAUUGAACUAUCUCCACCCAUUCUUCCCAUUGACAUCUGCCCUAGUGCUUCCUUGCCCCUGGCAUAGGUACAUAACAGAAUAUAUUCAUCAAUAAUUUCCCUUACUAACUAAUCUCUACGGUUU